AUGCCGCCCGCCCGCGCCGAUUACCUGGCGCCCUGGUGGGCGGCCUGGCUACACGGGCUGCCGCACCGCGGCCUGCGCCUCCAGCCCGUGCCCGCCGCUUUCCGACCGCGGGACCCCGACUACCAGCAGUCGCUGCUUUUCCUGGGCUUGGUGGCUGCCGUCUGCCUCGGCCUCAACCUCCUCUUCCUCACUGUCUACCUGAUCUGCCUAUGCUGCUGCAAGAGGGACCAGGAGCCUGAGACCAAGCGGCCCCACUCCUGCUGCGUCACCUGGAUGGCCGUCACCGCCGGGCUCAUCUGCUGCGCGGCUGUCGGUAUCGGCUUCUACGGGAACAGCGAGACCAACGACGGGGUUUAUCAGCUGCUCUACGCCCUGGACCACGCCAACCACACCCUGAACGGCAUCGACUCGCUGGUGGCAGGCACCACGCUGCAGAUGCGGGUGGGCUUGGAGCAGCACCUGGCGCGGCUGAACGAGCUCCUGGCCGCGCGAGGGGACUACCUGCAGACCCUCAAGUUCAUGCAGCAGUUGGCCAGCAGCAUCGCCCUCCAGCUCUCGGGGCUGCCCGUCUGGCAGGGCACCAGCACCGAUCUCACCGAGCUGGCCGGCCACGUUGCUUACGUCGAGUAUUACCGGUGGUUGGCUUAUCUCCUCUUCUUCAUCCUCGUCCUCACCGUCUGCCUCCUGGCCUGUCUGGGGCUGGCCAAGCGCUCCCGCUGCCUCCUCACCACGAUGCUGUGCUGUGGGCUGUUGACGCUCAUCCUCAGCUGGGCUUCCAUGGCUGUGGACACGGCAGCAGCGGUGGGCACCAGCGACUUCUGUGUGGCCCCAGAUAAGUUCAUCAUGAACCAGACAGAGAGUGACAUCAGCGCAGAGGUGGUUCACUAUUACCUGUACUGUGACCAGAGCCUGAGCAACCCCUUCCAGCAGGCUCUCACCGUCUUCCAGCGCUCGCUCACCACCAUGCAGAUCCAGAUCCAGGGCCUGAUACAGUUUGCUCUGCCGCUCUUCCCGACCGCUGAGAAAGACCUCCUGGGGGUCCAGCAGCUCCUCAACUCCUCAGAGACCAGCCUGCACCAGCUCACAGCCAUGCUGGACUGCCGGGGGCUGCACAAGGACUACCUGGACGCCCUCAUCGGUAUCUGCUACGACGGGGUGGAGGGUUUGCUCUACCUAGUGCUCUUCUCCCUGCUGGUGGCCGCCUCCUUCUCCACCAUCAUCUGUGCCACGCCGCGUGCCUGGAAGCACUUUGCUGGCAGGGACCGGGACUAUGAUGACAUGGACGAGGAAGACCCCUUCAACCCACAGGCGCGUCGCAUCGCCACCCACAACCCGGCCCGGGGGCAGCUCCGCAGCUUCUGCAGUUACAGCAGCAGCCUGGGCAGCCAGAGCAGCCUGCACCCCCCGGCGCAGACCAUCUCCAAUGCCCCUGUCUCCGAGUACAUGAACCAAGCCGUGCUGUUCGGUGGAAACCCCCGCUACGAGAACGUCCCCCUGAUCGGCAGAGGCUCUCCUCCUCCCACGUACUCCCCGAGCAUGCGAGCCACCUACCUGUCCGUCACCGAUGAGCACGUCAGGCACCACAACAACACCGAGUUCCCAGCCUAACGCGCUCGCCCCGAGCAGCUUGCGGGAGGAGAAAAUGCCACCGGCGUUUCUGUAACGGGAAACCAAAGACACCUGGAAAAGAUGCGGUGGGAAGCCCGGCAGCAGCGGCCGGAGGACAAACCCCAGCAGUGGGGAGCCCUGUGUCCCCCGCAUGCUCUGCGCACCCUCCUCUUCCCCCCUUGGCAGCUUCUGCUCAGUCUCAAGUCUUCCUGCCUUACGGCCAACAGCGACUCCGGGGCCAAACACCAGCCGGUAGCAGGGCAGUGCUGCGACCGAGCUCCUGGUGUGCCGGGAAGACCGGAGACGCUUCAUGCCCCCACGUCGGCUUCUCCUUUCCCUUCCCGUCUGCACCAGCUCGGGGAUGUUUUACGCCACAGAGGGAAGCCUUCUCCAGUUCCCUCUGCCUGGAGUGCAAAGCCUGGGACCACGGGCUUGCCCCCAGCACCAGCCCCUCAGGCAGGGGUCCGGGGCAGUGGCUCCUUCACUCCGUAGCAAUGCAGUACCAACCACUAGUGAUGCCAGCCCCUUCCUGAUGCCCACGGGCAGUUUUGCCACCCGCCGACGGUGACACCGGCUGCUCCCCUCUGCCAUGCUCCUACUCCGCACGGGCAGAGCCGGCUCCCCGUGCCCCCCUCGCUGCCUCCCCCCUGCCUCAGCUGGAGCUGCCUUAGCCCUAGGUUCAGAGGCUGUAGAAUUAGGGAUGUUUUGGCCUUGCUGGUUUUCCUUUGCUUUGCUCCUGGGUUUUACGAAUUCUCUGCAGGGCCGAGGCGCGGUUUGACUCGCUGCUUCUGUUCCAGCGUGGUUUUACUGCAGUGCAUGUUGGUAGCAGGUUAUGGGCUGGUUUGUAGGCUCAAUUUGGCUCCCCAGGGCAGGCGGGCUGGCUGGCAGCAUGGGCUGGGGCAGGUUCCCCUCCUUCUGCAGGACAGCCCUGGGGUAACCAUGAAUCCCCUGGGAGAGGGUUAGGGACUACUCAGGCAUCCCUGGGGCAGGAUGCGGCCCUGGAGAGGGGAGGGGAUGGUCCUGCCACCCUGGCUGGCUUGCACAGCAUUGCCAGGGCUUCAAGCUAAGUAGCUCUGGGGGCCAAGGAGGCAGGGGGAAACAAGCACGAGCCGAAACAGAUCCUUUGUGGCUGCCCAUUUCAGCACAGGCUGCCCCUGGAACCUCAGCGGGAUGCAAGCAAAGGCCCCUUCCCCACGGCAGCCCCUUGCUUGCCGUGGAGCAGGGAGAGCCCCUGCUCCAUCCCACUGACUAGGGAUGGACCCAGAUCUCCCACCCGAAAGGGUGCGGACAGGGUGAUGGAUGUUUUCUUGCCCACUCAUCCUUCUGGGCCAUCUCCCCCCGGAAACCCAGGACGAGUUCAGCUCUCAUAACCACGUUUGGCACCACGGCAGUGGCUUAGCCAGGGCUGGGUUCACUCCAGGGCUCUUCCUCACUGCAAAGGUUGUACCCACGCCGUGGGAGG